CUUACCUCCCCCCAACCCCACUCCACCAUCGCUGUGCGCAGGCGCGCUGUCGUUCACUACCAGCUCAGCUUACCGUCCUGUUUUCUCUUCCUGUCUUAUUCUUGUCAAUCCUCUCGCGUAUUUAUGAGUUAGUCAGAGGUCCAGGGGAGAAGUGCAUGUACUGAAAUAAUUUUGGGGGGAAAUAAAUGCAUAACUUAUAUCUGGCUUAACUAGAAUGCAUCACUAUAAGGCCUAAUUCAAUUUACGCUAAGUGGAACCAAGGCGAAGCUUCACCCCUCCCCCGGUUCGAUUCAGAGGAAGAACGCUGGAAAGGUAGGCCGCAAGCGGUUGCUAGACAUGGACCGACAAAAGCUUGGUCCUGUUUUGGUGGCGCUGUGAAGCAUCCUCUACUACCUUAGCAAGCCUUUGAGAAGUCAGGGGUCAGGAGGACGCUCCAAGACUGAGAAGCAAAACAAAAGUUAAUGAGACUUAACAAAAAACACCAAACAGCAAAGAGCCAGCAAACAACGUAAACAUAAAAACAGGAAGACCAUUUUCACAGACCUGCGUCCUUCACAAGCUGUCAGGGACAUUUAACAAUGAGGCCUUGGAGAUUGGCUUGGCUCUGACAUCUUCUGAGUGUGCUUGUCAAUUAAGCCCAUCGCCAAAACUCAUUUGCUGUCCAGGUGGAGGCCACCAUUAAACAGGCUCUUCUUGCUUGGGGCUGACAACUGAGCAAUGGCCAUGGUGAGAGGGGGAUGGGGAGAUCCCAACGGUGAAACCAACGGACUGGGGGAUAAGGGCUACCUCAGGGGGGAGGAGGACGACGAGUCACCCCAAGCGGGGGGCAGCGACUUGGAGGGAGUGGACGAUGACAAGGCCUGCGUGGUGGACUGUGUGGUGUGCGGGGACAAGUCCAGUGGCAAACACUACGGAGUCUUCACCUGUGAAGGCUGCAAGAGCUUUUUCAAGAGGAGUGUCCGACGCAACCUUAAUUACACCUGCAGGUCAAACCGGGAUUGUCAGAUUGACCAACAUCACCGUAAUCAAUGCCAGUAUUGCCGACUAAAGAAGUGCUUUCGGGUGGGGAUGCGUAAAGAAGCAGUCCAGCGCGGACGCGUCCCCCCAUCCCACCCCAGCCUCAGCCCCUCUACCACGCCGGUGGGCGGCGGCAGCGGCGUCGUCAUCGGGUUAGGGGGCAUCGGAGGAGAUGGCGGCGGUGUGGGCGACUUUUACAAUGGCCAGCCCGUGUCGGAGCUGAUCUCCCAGCUGUUGCGGGCAGAGCCAUACCCGGGCAGCCGCUACCCGCACCAGUACAGCCAGCAGCUGCAGGGCGGCGCCGGUGGUGGCGGUGGCGGCGGCUCGACCAUGGGCAUCGACAACAUCUGCGAGCUGGCGGCGCGGCUACUCUUCAGCAUCAUCGAGUGGUCACGGAGCAUCCCCUACUUCCCCGAACUGCCUGUGUCCGAGCAGGUGGCUCUGCUGCGGCUUAGCUGGAGCGAGCUGUUCAUCCUGAACGCGGCGCAGUCGGCGCUGCCGCUCCACACCGCCCCGCUACUGGCUGCCGCCGGCUUCCACUCCUCGCCCAUGUCUGCCGAGCGUGUCGUGUCCUUCAUGGACCAGGUGCGCGUCUUUCAGGAACAGGUGGACAAGCUGACGCGGCUGCAGGUGGACACGGCCGAAUACAGCUGCCUCAAGGCCAUCGCUCUCUUCUCCCCAGACGCAUGCGGCCUGACGGACCCAGCACAUGUGGAGAGCCUGCAGGAGAAGGCCCAGGUGGCCCUGACGGAGUACGAGCGCAUGCAGUACCCGAGUCAGCCACAGCGCUUCGGCCGCCUGCUGCUGCGCUUGCCUGCUCUCCGCGCCGUGCCGGCCUCGCUCAUCUCCCAGCUCUUCUUCAUGCGCCUGGUGGGCAAGACGCCCAUCGAGACACUCAUCCGAGACAUGCAACUCUCGGGCAGCUCCAUCAGCUGGCCCUAUGCUCCCGGACAGUAGACAAGGGGGCACUAAGGGGUCAGGAGGGAGGGAGGUGGUGGGGCCGGGCAUGAACCUCACGCUUCACACCCUCAUCUGAGAUGCCUGAAGUUCUCAGAUCUCAUCUUCUGAGGUCCGGGGCUGUGGAAGAAGUACUCUCAGAGCCCAUGCCAGGUCCUCUUCUUUAAUCUUCUUACCCUUCGGUCAUGUGCCCAGGAGAACCUGGUUUAUUUUUUAAACAGUAUUUUCUUUGUGUUGUUUGUCAUCCCGGACAUGGUUUUUAACAUUGGGGACGGAAAGGGGUGGCUGAAUGGUCACACUACUGGACUACUGGAGAUUGUUACUAUUAACCCAAACACUAAAGGUACUGCACACGGCUACAAGGACUCAUUCCUUCAGUGUGAUUGUCACAUACUAAAACACAUUUUGACUAGCUUGCCAAAGUUCUUAAGGGAGAAAAAAAAACAAUGCUCAGUUUUGACUCUGUAGAACCUGCUGGUUAUUGGUUUCCGACUACUUCCGAUUACUUUCAUUACUAAUAGGGCUAGUAGUUGUGUUUCGAUUGGUCUUGUUUCUAAAUGUCCGGGAACACUGACCCCCUGGCACUAAUGCCAUAAUGCAGGCAACGUUCAACCCUCCGAUAACUGCUCAGUGGCCAGCUAUGACGCUGUGCUCAAUACCACUUCUGCCUACCGUGAAUAUCAGUUAUUUGGAUUUCUUCACAAUUAAUUCCAUAUCAUGAAAUCAUGUAGAAGAAAUCUCUGACACAAUUUGGUUUCAAACAACCAAUGAAAAAAGGAAUAAACAAAACAUUCUGUUACAUCAAAGGCGAUAUUGCAAAAAUAUAACGCUAAAAGCACUUGAAGGAUUUCCAGGAUACAUUAGCGUCUGAUGGUUAUCUGACAUUAAAACAGUUAAAUUUAAAAUGGAAAUGUAUGAGGUAGCAGUACAUUUGACAUCAAUGGUUGCAUGAUAUGGUUGCAGAGGCUUGUGAAGGUUGCAACAAACCAUAUGGCUUAAAACCAAAUUGUCUCGCUGUGUCUUUCAGAAGAGCAUGUUUAAAUGGUGGACGUAGAUUUUUAUUUCGUGCUUACUAUGUCAAUUGUAAUGAUCAUACCUUUUUUCUAACAGCUGAUUCUUAACUUUAAUGUAUAUUAACCAGAAAAUACCUCAUCGUCCAUUGAGACGUGAAUUGACCAUCUCAGCCAUGUCAUGUUAAUAUACAGCAUUUUCACAAUAAACUUCUGGUCUUUGUCAUUUACGUGUCUAUGACACUCAGAUACCUUAGUCUGCAGCAAAGAAAGUGAUCUUCACUGCCAUUUUACAUCUUGGACACAAACCCAAACGCUUUAUUCUUAAUGUGACUGCCCGUGUUUGGGUAAGGGAGAAACCUGGAUUACAUUGGCACUGAGGACACAUUGAUUUUUUUCAUUUGUCUGUACUACUCAAUGUUCAAUGGUUUUCAAAUAAUAGCCAUGGCAUACUUGUUUAUGUCUGCCUUAAACAUCCUGAAUAUAAUUCAGAAUUACCUCACUGAAAAGGCCUUUAAAUAUGAUAAACCAACCUAAAGACAAAUACACUACAUUGUUUGCCAUUUAGAAAAACAAACAUUGGUUUGUUUUUCAAGAAAGUAAGUCAUUUUUAUGAUAUGUGAGUUCAUGAAUUCAGAAUUUUAUUAACAUACCAUUAUAGUGAACAGGAACACUUUCACAAAUGUGUUUGAUAAUGAAAAGGAUUGUGUGUAAUUUCCAAAAUAUACAUAUAUGUGAAUAAAUUCAUGACUUCUUUGA